AUGACGUCGAGACCGGCUUUCCUCGACCAGCAGCCGCCGCCAGGGUAUGUAGCCGGCAUUGGUCGUGGUGCGGUGGGGUUCUCCAACCAUGCCGACUCGCUGGGACUCACAUUUUCCGGCAAACCCCAAGAAAUACCCGUCGAAGACGACGUCGAGGACGAGACUUAUAGGGCCAUCGAGGCCCGUCUCCGGCGCAAACCACGCCAACUGACACCCGAAAAACCUGCCGAAACCACUACGAAGAUUGCUGACGAGUUUUCUGAUUUGAAAUCAGGUUUGGGCGACGUUUCUGUGGCCGAAUGGGCGGCGUUACCCGAGCCCCAGGACUUUACCCGGCGCAAUAAGCGCCAGCGGCUCUUGGAGAAGAGCCAGCAACGUUUCUAUGCUGCUCCCGAUUCGCUUAUUCAAAGAGAACUUCAAGGACACGCCCCCAUCGUUGAGGAGUCUACUACUAAGAAGACCGAUAUUGAUAGUGUCAAUGCCGCUCGUGACCAAUUGCUUUCGCUGAGGCUUGAUGCCAUGCUUGCUCCGGCUACUUCGACGGUCAAAUUGACGGAAACUGAUAUCAGUGAAGCUCAGAAGGCUCAGCUGGCUCGAGGCGAUUUGGCUAAACUGCGAGCGCUUAUGGCAUCGUUACGCAAAACUCAGCCUAAUCUGGCUCGCCUGUGGCUACUACUGGCUCAGUUGGAGGUGGAACACCACCAGAUGGCGGCGGCUAGACUGAUUAUCCUUCAGGCAACGAGGGUACUCCCUCGUGAUAAGUCUAUAUGGCUUGAAGCGAUCCGUAUUCAUGAGAAUCUGCCUCAAUUGAGAUCAGUUGUGGCCCUGGCAUUAGACAGAGUUUCUACAAGUGAAGAUAUCUGGCUAGAAGCUGUCAAAUUGGAGUCUACUAGCCAGGAGAAGAAAGUGGCGGUGAUGAAAGGGAUAGAGAGUAUUCCCGCCAGUAUCAAAUUAUGGCAAGCAUUACUUGAAUUUGUCCCCGAUACUGAAACAGCUAAAUUUGCUGCUAAAGCUCGAGAGUUGUGUCCUCGUCACUGGCCGUUUUGGCAAAUUGUCAUCCUCGCUCUGGAGGAGAAAGCGGCUAAAGAUCUAUUGAACAAAGCUCGAAAACAGUUUAAAAAUGAUACUACCGUCCAGGCCGAGAUCUGGCUAAUCGCAAUGAAGCUUGAAGAGAAGCUAGACCACCAGGAUAAGCUCGAUAAGCUUGCUAAGAAAGCGGUGACGGUGGAAGCCGAUUGGUUGAGCCUCGCCCAGCAAGCUGAACGUGAACAACUGUUACAGACUGCGACUGCCAUCACUAAAGCCUUUCUUACUCAAAAUCCUGAUGCCGAUUUGGAUGAAUACGUUGAGAGCUACCCAAUCAUGGCUCGCGCUUAUUACGAUACGAAGCUCCAGUCGCUGACCCUGGUGGAAGACUGGCUUGAGCUUUUGGCAUUGGAGAGGAGUAAGCAGGGUGGGAACUACGAAGAGCUUUGGAAGGCUUAUAAACGGGCUAUAGGUCAACACCCUCAACAGGUGGUGUUGCUGUUGAUGAUGGCUAAGGACCAAUGGAAAUUGGCCGGUGAUGUCGAGGCUGCAAGAACCACUCUUGCUGCGAUUACCACCGCUAAUACCGAAGCAGCAGUAUCGGUCUGGAAAGCACGUAUCAAACUUGAGUUAUCGGAAGGCGAGUUUGAUAAAGCAUUGGAAGUGAGUAAGCAGUCGUUGGUGGAGCCGCUGGAUAAAGUAUGGUACAAGUAUGUCCAUUUACUUCGUGCUGCAAAGGUAUUGGAGAGAGCCAAAGUUGAUGAUACCCUCAUCCUAAACACGAUUGAUGAUGGUUUGAACAAAUUUCCCUUGAGCCACAAUUUAUGGCUCCAGAAAGUACAAGUGUUAUGUGACGAUGGUCAAUGGGCUGAAGCAGAAACUGCUGCUAAAUCAGCCCCUAAGUUUCCUGAAAUGCAACGACUACUUGCCCAAAUCUAUGUCCACCAAAACAACGUGAUGAUGGCUCGGUCUACGUUAGACUAUGCCCUCACCAAAUGGCGGAAUAUUCCUGGAAUAUGGUACGAUGCCAUUAUAUUACAAUUGUCUCAGAAUAAUAAAGUGGAGGCGAGGCAAUUGGUGGCUCGGGCUCUUCAGGCGUGUCCCUCUAGUGGUCUUAUUUGGUCGAUCCAGUUUGAUCUACUAGACCCGAAAAAGCGGAAACCAGCGCUAGUGGAGGCACUUAAGGCGUGUGACAAUUCCAGUGAGAUAUUAGUGGUGGUGGGUCUUGAUUUCUGGCGACAGAAGAAACCGCAGAAGGCUCUAGAGUGGUGGAAACGGGCGAUUGACGCUGACCCUACAAACGGCGAUGCCUGGACAGCAGUCUAUUUAGCUGACGCUAACCAAUUCGCUUGGGAUGACUACGAAGCGGCGUUCGAUAGAAUAAACCAAGGCCACUGGUGGUUACCUAUUGCGAAGGGCCCGCAAUGGCGGAUGGCUACCCCUCGGGAAUUAGUGGUUGCGGCAUCACGCCAUAUGGCCACUGCCGCUGACAAACCCGGGGUUUGCAACAUUGCCUAA